AAGUAAAGACGACCGACGAAGGAUGAGGCGGAGACCGGGAAUCGGAGGCUUACAGGGGGCGGCAGCAGCUAGGGAUCAAUUUCGAUUGUUAGGUGAAAAUGUGGCGAAAGUAAGAACAGAUCUUAUGAAAGAACAGCUCUCUACUUUUCGAUCUCAACUUGAAGACUUUGCUCGCAAACACAAGAAUGACAUUCGCAAGAAUCCUGCAUUCAGGGCACAGUUCCACGAGAUGUGUGCUAAAGUCGGAGUAGAUCCUCUAGCAUCAAACAAGGGUUUCUGGGCAGAAUUGUUGGGGAUUGGUGACUUCUAUUAUGAACUUGGGGUACAGAUUAUUGAAGUAUGCUUGGCUACUAGACCCCACAAUGGAGGUUUGAUAAGCUUGGAUGAUCUUUGUAAACUGCUUGGUCAGAAACGGAAAGCUGUUCGCGAGACAAUAUCUGAGGAUGACUGCUUGCGUGCUAUAAGCAAGCUGAAGGUAUUAGGUAGUGGUUUUGAGGUGAUCACAGUGGGAAAGAAAAAGCUUGUUAGAUCUGUCCCUACUGAACUGAAUAAGGAUCACAAUGAAAUAUUAGAGCUGGCCCAGGCCCAAGGUUUUGUGACAGUUGAUGAGGUACAAAGACGCCUAAACUGGUCUUCAGGUCGUGCAACUGAUGCGCUUGAAACACUGUUAGAGGAAGGGCUUGCCAUGAUCGAUGAUGGACACAGAGAUGGCAAACGUCGAUACUGGUUCCCUUGUGUGUCCUCUGUCUCCACCUAUGUAGGGGCGGACACUCUUUAGCGGUUUCCUUGUUCGUAUAUGAGAAUAUUUCGCUUUGCACCGCAAACGCGGAGGAUUGAUUCCAAAUAGAGAUGCUACUUUUUGUAUCUGUUUCCCGUGGUCCAACAAGCUUUUGAUUUGCAGAUAUUGCAUAUCAUAGUGUGUUACCCUAUUUGUGUAAUCCGUACAGUGGAAUCAUUCGUUGUUGUAUGAAUCUUGUUUAAUAUGUUUGAUGCUGCUUGCCUGCUGACUGAGCUUUCUCCAAGUUUGAACUUCAUAGGAUAUUGUUAUGGUGUACACUGCAAGCCAAGUUUGGUUUUAUAAAUGUUGUGAAGAGUUGAUAGUAUUGA